AUGCUUGCCCGGUGUGAUUCUUUCAAUAUUCGAUUCGGACGGGCUACAAAACAAAAGGGUCCGAAACCUGGUUCAAUAUCUUUCACUUUUGAGUCCAUUAGCUCUGCAAGGGAAUCGUUCACGCAAGCGCAAAAAAUGCGGGUUGACGGGCAAGCUGUCAAGGUCGAAGCUUCUCCGGCUUUUUUCGCCCCUGCUGCUUGCCGCUCUCGACCAUUUUUCAAGAUCCCUGUUGAUGAAGAUGCCAAGAAGAGGACGAUAUACGCUCUUGAUUUGCCCAUCUCGGCAGAGCAAAACCUGCUGAAUAGCAUAUUUGAAGCGGAUCACAUUGAGAAAAUCACUUUUCUUCCCCUCCGAAAUCAACACAAACAAGCUGAGGUUGUCAUGCAUACCGAAGAGCAAGUUGAAGCAGCCAGGUCAGAAGACGGUUUUGAAUUAGACGAUGGGCAACAGCAAAGCGUUCUGAGGAUCCUGACACCGGUCGAGUACGCGAAAUUUGUUGAAGAGGAGCAAAAACCAAUUCCUUUUGUACCGCCAGAAAUCGAGCCACCACCUCCUGUUAAAGAGCCACCAGCUCCGAUCAUUCAGCAAGCAUCUGCACCAGCUGAUGCAAAACUGGCACCGGUACUGGACGAAGAUGAUGUGACCGAUAUGUUUAUAAAG